UAUUGUAUUGUUAUAUCGAAUCUAUAUUGUUAGAGGCGUUUAUUAUCGAAGUAUACCGAAUAGAAAAAUCAAGAUAGAGAGAAAUCCUUGUAAAACAACGUUUCGGAAUGAACAUAGACAUCGACAAACUCAUAUACCAACUGUUAGAAGUUCGUUACCAACCGGGAAAAUUAGUACAAUUACCAGAAGAGGAAAUUAUCCAAUUGUGUCGGAUCACCAGGGAAAUAUUCCUUAGCCAACCCAUCCUUUUAGAACUCGGAACUCCCAUUAACAUAUGCGGAGACAUUCACGGACAGUACGAAGAUCUCUUGAGACUCUUUUCGGUGGGAGGUUUUCCCUCCGAAAGUAACUAUCUGUUCCUCGGAGACUACGUGGAUAGGGGAAAACAAUCGACCGAAACCAUUUGUCUACUGUUCGCUUAUAAAGUGAAGUAUCCCGAGAGGUUCUUCCUGUUGAGGGGGAAUCACGAAACGGCCAACAUCAGCAGAGUUUACGGAUUUUACGACGAAUGCAAGAUACGUUAUAGCGUUAAACUAUGGAAGGAGUUCGUGAAGUCUUUCGAUACUCUUCCUCUGGUGGCCAUAGUUCGUCAGAAGAUAUUUUGCUGUCACGGGGGAUUGAGUCCGGAAUUAUAUUCGUUACAGCAAAUUCGGGAGCUGUCUCGACCCAUAUCUUACACGGGAUCGGGAAUAGUUCGAGAUCUUCUGUGGGCCGAUCCGGACGGAAUGAUAGACGGGUGGAGCCACAACGAACGAGGGAUUUCUGUCACUUUCGGAGAGGAUAUGGUGGAGGAAUUCACAGAGGCACACGGUCUGGACUUGAUCUGCAGAGCUCACCAAGUGGUGGAAGACGGUUACGAAUUCUUUGCCAGACGCAAAUUGGUCACCCUCUUCUCUGCACCCCGAUACUGCGGAGAAUUCGAUAACGCAGGUGCCAUGAUGUGCGUCGAUAAAUCCUUAACUUGCACGUUUCGAAUCAUACGUUAAACCCGAAAUCGCUAUCGAAGAACGAAUAAAGAGAAACGAAUAAUUCUAGUCACUAAUUAAAAUCUGAUCGGCGAUCGAUUAAAUAUACUGUUGUAGACAUUCGGAUAAAAAUUGAAUUGUUAAAAUUAUCAAUUAUCUUAUUUUUAUUAUAUAAAAGAUAGAAUGAUGAGAGAA